AUGGAUAUCACACUCGGUGGUUGCCGUCUAUAUUACGAAGAUGUUCCGUACGAGAUGGUUGAGGAGAAUGGUGCCUCUUGGGUGAAGCCUGAUUAUAGCUCCACCAGUCUGGCUUAUGUCCUGAAUAAUUGCAGGUUUAACGCCAACUCAAGAUACGAGCUUAAUGAUCUGGAGAAUAUCGAAUUCCACGAUGCGCAGGAUCCGAACGACCAGACAUUAGUAGUCUACAGAAUGCUAGAGACCUAUGGGAAGGCACUGAGGACGGUCUUCAAGAAUCAGUAG